AAAGCAUUUCCACUUAGACAGAACUUUCUUGCAUGCACCUACCGUCUCUAUGUUUAUUUAAAUACACAGAAGGCCACAAAGUCCUUAAUCAUGAGGAAUGGAGAAAGUCAGUGGCUUUCUACUUGGGUAUGGGAAAAAGACUACGUCAAGCGUGAACCUGUCAAAGCCUUAAACUCUUUUCUGCUAUAAAUACACAAAGCUUCCUUGCUAUUGUCCUCACAACUCAAUCUCCAGAGCCAACAAGGGAUUACUGUAAUACUAACUAGUGCGUAUUUAGGAAUGAGCAAGAUGGCAGCCAACGCCCUUGUAUCCAUCAUCUUCUUGGCUGUGGCUCUCUCUCUGGCCUCUGCUUCUGAUCCCAGUUCCCUGCAGGACUUUUGUGUUGCUUUUAAUGACACCGAGGAAGCUGUGUUCGUGAAUGGAAAAGUCUGCAAAGACCCAAAGCUUGCUUCAGCCGAUGAUUUCUUCUUUUCGGGACUUAAUGUGCCUGGGAACACAUCGAACCGGCUUGGCUCUAGUGUCACGCUAGUAAAUGUUGAUAAAUUAGCUGGACUAAACACCCUCGGUAUCUCAAUAGCACGUCUUGAUUUUGCACCCUAUGGUCUCAACCCUCCGCACACACAUCCCCGUGCCACCGAGCUUCUCACUGUCUUGGAAGGAACCCUCUAUGUUGGUUUCGUUACUUCUAAUCCAGAUAACCGCUUGAUCACAAAGGUUCUUUGCGCGGGCGAUGUUUUCGUGUUUCCAGAAGGACUCAUUCACUUCCAAUUCAAUGUUGGGAAAACAAACGCAGUGGCCAUUGCUGGACUAAGCAGUCAAAACCCAGGAGUCAUUACUAUUGCAAAUGCAGUCUUCGGUUCAAAGCCACCUAUCUCUUCUGAUGUUCUAACCAAGGCCUUCCAAGUGGACAAGAAAGUAAUCAACUAUCUUCAAGCUCAGUUCUGGAUGGACAACAAUAACUAAGAAGACUUAUCACACCUAAUAGUUAUUAGAGUAUGUCUUUUUAAAUUAUUCCCUGGUGUAUUUGUUGAAUAAGCAAUUGUCAUGCCUUGACAAUUCCAAAAUAUAAUAAAGAGUCUUGUUGUGUAUCAA